UCUCGUCUAAUUCCUUUCUACCGUUGGGUAUUAAGCGGCAUACAUCCCCAGUAUGCCCGGCACCCAACCAUCCAUCCGACGACAAUACAUGUGCUGUCUGCGGUGCUGACGCCCAUAUCGCUCGCCUCUGCCUGCUCUUGGCGCAGUGAGGAUAUCUGUUCCCCUGUUGAACUGAAGAACCUACUACAAAAUGUCAGAAGGAGAUGUUGCCGCCGAAGUUGUUGAGGUUUCCGGAGACGCCGUCGCUCCUCGCGCCGCUCUCACCGUUGAGGAGGCCCUCCAGGAGGUCCUGAAGAAGGCCCUCAUCCACGAUGGCCUCGCCCGCGGUCUCCGCGAGUGCGCCAAGGCUCUUGACAGACGCCAGGCCCACCUUGCCGUCCUCGUCGAGUCCUGCACUGAGAAGGAGUACAUCAAGCUCAUCGAGGCCCUCUGCGCCGAGCACAACAUCAACCUCAUCAAGGUUGCUGAUGCCAAGAAGCUCGGCGAGUGGGCUGGUCUGUGCAAGAUCGACCGUGAGGGCAACGCCCGCAAGGUCGUUGGCUGCUCCUGCGUUGUCGUCAAGAACUACGGCGAGGACUCCGAGGCCAUGAACGUCCUCCUCGAGUACUUCCGCACCCGCUAAGCGGCGCUUGAGAUUGGCUCCCCCUGCAGCCAACGGAAAUCAUCGAGG